AUGAGUCUUGAUGUAAAAAUUUUGAAGAACAGGAAGUUCAUGGGCUCCAUAGUGGAACAAAAUGUUCAUACCAAGAGCAAGUCAUUUAUCCAGGAAAUUAACUCAAAUCCAGAGUUCAGUUUAUUAGUGGAGUCCCUAUGUGGAAAUGCAGAGCAUCUGUUCAAAGAGAUCCUACUUCGUGGAGUGACAUCUUCUCGCUCUCUUGUUCUGGAUUUGGGAGAAGACAGACUAGUGCUGAUUGCUCAACCUUCUCUACUCCACUUGGAUAUUUUCUUUCCCCUGUUUACUGAUCAAGUAAACAGUUUUGCCCAGUUCAACACAAACACACAAAUGCUCACAGUGACCAUGCCAGCUGGUGUCUUCAUGAAAACUAUUUAAAGGCUAUUAUUUCAUGAUAAACUUCAUUUUGUAUACAGAAGAUGUUAUGGGUAUUGCUCAAGAAGAUUUAAUUGGUAACUUAUAAAAAG